CAGUUUCUUUCUUCUUGUCGCCCUGCUAUGUUGUUUGCGUGUAUCCAACGGUUCGGUCUCGUUUUUCGGUGUUCUAAAUAAAAAAAAAUUAUCAUUUCCUUUCCAUAGAAAAAAAAAAUAUCCCAUUUCCUUUUUUAUGUAACAAAGCAAAAGAAAAAAUUUUUAUAUUUCUCACCACAAAAUUAUACCCGAAAAAGAAAAUGCAUGAAAAACUUAAUACUUUUUAACAAAAAAAAAAGAGAAAAUUUUUGUGUAGUUUUUCAAAUUUGUGUGUGUUUCGAAAAUAUUGAAAAAUUUUCUAUAAAAAAAAUUAGAAAAAUGCAUUUUGUGAUCAAAUAAAAAAAAUUGUGAAAAAUGUGUUAGGAAAAAGGGAAGAAAAACCGAUAAAAAGGGUGUCCAUUUUUUUGUACUAAAAAAAUAAUACAUUGUUAUAAAAAAUUGUUAAAAAAAGUUGUUAAUUUUUAUUAGGACAUAAGAAGGGAUAUAAAUUUCAAGAAAAAAUAAAUAAUAAACAGAAAAACAAAAACAAUAAAUAUAAAAACGAAAUAUAUAAUUAUUUAUGAUGGAUAAUAAACGCAGACAAUUUGUUGGACUAUUUGCUGUGGUGUUUUACUUAAAUGUAUUCACCUCAAGAACUGUCAAUGCACAACAACGACCCAGAAUAUUAGAACAUCCAGCCGAUGCGAUAGCAGCUCGCGAUGAACCACUUACACUUAAUUGUAAGGCAACUGGUCGACCACAACCAGAUAUAUCAUGGUAUCACAAUGGAACACCAUUGGUUCCGUCCGAACGAAGAGUUAUACUUCCCGAGGGUUCAUUAUUUUUUCUAAGAGUAAUGCACAAUAAACGUGAACAAGAUGCUGGAAUUUAUUGGUGUGAAGCAAAAAGUUCAGCUGGCAUUGCCGUGAGCAAUAACGCAACGCUUCAGAUAGCUUUGCUCAAAGAUGACUUUCGAUCAGAGCCAUCUGACUCAAUAGCGUUAGUUGGCGGUCCAGUCGUUAUGAAUUGCACACCACCGCGAGGUAUACCAGAGCCAUCAGUUUUAUGGUAUAAAGAUGGAAAACUAUUAGAUUUGAGUGGGAAAAGAUUGUCAAUGGUUGAAGGUGGAUCUUUAAUGAUUUCCGAAGUACAAGUCUCCGAUGCUGGCAAAUAUGAAUGUUCAGCACAAAGUAUGGCGGGGCGAAAAAAUGCCCCACCAGCAACUCUGAAAGUUCUCACUCCUCCGUAUAUAGUUCGAGGUCCCACAGACACCGAAGUGAUAGAAAGCGAAAGAGUCGAUAUUCCAUGUGAGCUUGUUGGGGAUCCCAAACCUAUAGCUUCAUGGCAUCGUGAUGGUGGAUCCCUUCCUGAAGGUAGAUCUAGAGUUCUAUUAGAUAAUACAUUGAGAAUAGAAGAUGCAAGAGCUGAAGAUCAAGGAACCUACACGUGCAAAGGAUUCAACGAAGGAGGCAAUAUAUCAUUGUCUAUUAAACUUAGUGUUUUUGCUACUCCAAGAAUCACAGAAGCUCCAUCCGAUGUAGAUGUUCUAGAAGGUGAAACUGUAAACCUUCCUUGUAAAGCAUCUGGUCGACCAAAAACUAUAACAAUUUGGGACAAAAUUCUAUCCGAAGGAAUCGUUGCAAACCUUCAAGAUGAAAUCUCUCAAAUGCUCGAAGAAGAAGCUAGACAAGAACUCUUAGCCAAAGCAAAAAUUAUGAGUUUCAGAGCAAAACGACAUAGCAAAAUGUUGCUAUCAAACAAUCGAACCCGUCGAAGUAUAGUCAUCUCGGAUGAAGAAAAAGACGAUGAUAUUGAUGUGAAUAGUUUGGUUACCGAAACUACAUCCUUUAUCGAUGUCUCAUCAUCCCCUCCCCCAGAAUUGCCCAAUUUCGAAAUAAGCAAAACCGGAGAGCUUGUCAUAAAGAAUAUACAAAAGAGAGAUGAGGGUUGGUAUGCAUGCACAGCUAUAAACGAAGCUGGUAGUGUGGUCAAGAAAAUCUUCAUUCAUGUCAAAUCACCAACAGAUCCUGAGGGAGAUUUUCAAAUUCCCGAAUCAUUUAAUAGUCGUUGGGAGAACACCCAAAAUAUUCUUAUUACCACAGUUAUACCAGUUUCAUCGAGCACUCUAGAUGUUACCUGGGAAUAUGCUCAAACAAAUCUAUUCCCUAGCAAGGGAAUAACUUUAUACUACCGUCCGAUAUAUCUAAAUGGAGCUGAAGUGCGUAUUCUAUCGAAAGAAUACCUAUCGACUGGGACUUCUUUUGAAAAGAAAACCCAUCGUUUGGAGGAUUUGAAACCGUAUACAAAUUAUGAAAUAUUUGCAACUGUUCCCAAAGGUCUUGGUGGAACUAUAUCGAAUUUGAGAAAAGGAAAAACUCUUGAUGGGCCACCAUCGGCACCACCAACAGAUGUUAGGGUUGGGGUUAUAAAUAAUACAGCGGCAUAUGUUAGAUGGUCUCCACCGCCAACACAUUUGAUUAAUGGUGAACUGACGGGAUAUAAAAUUCAAAUAAAAUCGAAUGUUACCAACAAACUACUGGGACAGAUGUCACUUAAUGCCAGCACACAAUCAGUGGUGAUCAAUAGUUUGAGUCCUGGCGGAAGGUAUAUUGCUCGAGUGGCGCCCUUGACAGCUGGUGGUUUGGGGCCGUACAGUCCUCCGGCACCACUUCAUAUAGACCCGUCCUUUAUAGCUAGACCACCAAAAACUGACCCAGCGCUAAGUGCCUGGUCAAUGUCUUGGAUGCCAGGUGUAGCACUUGGAAUCCUCGGAAUAUGUCUUAUCAGUGGAGCUAUAUUUGCGGUAUUUUGGGCAAAACGAAAUAAGCGUAAUCUAAAGGCAUCCUAUCCAGCGCCAGUUCUGACAUCAUCGUUAGCCGAUAAAUCUCACACCCUUUGGAUGCAAAAUAAUACAACCAUCAAGCCAACUCAUACCUAUGCUGUGCCACCACCACCACCAUCGGCACCACAAUCCGAAUACGCCGAAUUGACUACAGUCAAUAUGCCAAAACUGAGUAUAGGGCAAUCGGCACCACCGGAACCCUACGCGACGGUAACCCUGCAACGUGGAGCAGGUGGAGGCAUGGGUAUUGGAUUAAGCUCUAUAGCGGAUGAUUGUCGAAAAUGUUCAGCGAGUCCUAGUUCGAGUGAAUACAAUGCACCCAUUCGAAUGCCAAUGAAUAUGUGCGAUAUGCUCCCACCGCCACCAGAUCAUCCAUAUAACAGUUAUAAGACAAUGAAUAAUAUGACGAUACGCACAAAUCCCGCAGCACUAUCACCACAGGUGAUGCGUCGUGGCAUGCAAGGAAUGCCACAACCCCAUCAGCCACCAGUUUGGGGUUCACUGCCACCACCACCGAUACCCAAUUUCCCACAAAAUUGGAUGCAAGAACGAAAUACUGGAGGCGGCUAUCAUCAUCCACAGCAUCAGAUGCAACAGCAACAUCCACAACAUCAACAAAUGCAACAACAAAUGCAACAACAACAAAUGCAACAACAACAAAUGCAACAACAACACCAGCAACACUCACAACUGCCUUCACAGCUCCAACAACAACAACAAAAAGCACAACAACAUCAAUAUCGUCACCAACAGGAUCCACAUCAUCAAAACAUCUACAGCGAAAAUGAAUACGAAUCCGGAUCAGUGUUGUAUGAACAAUUUUGUCGUGACAACGAGGCAUCCUACUUCAAUGAAGGUGGUGAGCCAACCGAGGAAUAUUAUCGCAAUGUAAAUAUGGAAUUUUUUGAAGAUCAAGAAUUCGAACCUGCCACACCACCACCGCCUUGUCCUCCCGAUGCAGCGGCGUCCAAAGGCAAUCCCAAUUUGCGUCUUUUGGCCGCUGCAAAUGGCGCCCGACAUGGGGCCGACAAUGGCCAAUUAAAUCUGCCAAGGAGAAUAUAUCGAAAUCAUCAUGGUGGCAGUGGAACUCCAGGUGAUUCAUCAUCAUGUGAAAGAAAUACCAAUCAUAAUAAUGGUGGUGGUGGACCAUCUCAAGGGGGUAGUAAUAGUUCGGAUGAUAGUGAAUCGGAAGGUGAUCGUUGGGCGCCACGUUCAAGACGUAGCCGAUCACGAUCAAAGAGCAACGAACGAAGAUUUCGAGGUGAUCAGUGAGAUGUCGUCAGGUGAUAGUAGAUAAGUAGUAGUGGUACAAUGCACACAUCUGGUGUUAUUUUAUGUGUUGGGAAAUUUUCUUGACCGCAAAUAAAAUAAAAUACACAAACAAAAAAAACACACACACACAUACAUACACACUCGAAUACUCGAAAUUUUUGUGAACAACAUAUUCAUUAGUUUUAGUUAAGUGCAACAAAAAAAGAUAUAACAACAACAAAAA